AGUGUUUCAUAGCAGGCGUGGUGUUGAUUGGAGUCUUGAAUUUCGUUUGGAACUCAAAAUGUCGUCCGCAACAGCGAACCCAUUUCGGAAUUUCAAAAAAGUACUAUCGCAAAAUUUGGAGCCCGAUCUUCGUCGGUAUCUGUUUAAAGUAUACUCCACCAUGGCUCUGACUUGCGCUGCUGCGGCAACCGGAUCGAUAGUUCAUCUGACCAAUCUAUGGACGGCUGGAUUUCUUUCGAUUUUCCUGCAAAUUUUCACCAUGGUGACCUUGGUUCUUACACCGAAACGAAAAACAAACCGAAGAUUUAGGCUGGCGCUACUGUUGGUGAUUGGAGCCCUUUCCGGGCAUACCUUGGGCCUGUUGAUCGAACAAGUGAUGGUCGUGAAUCCUGCCUUUGUCAUAACCGCCCUCCUCGGAACGGUGAUAAGUUUUGGCUGGUUGAGUUUGUCCGCCAUUCUGGCUCGACGAGGCAGUCAUCUGAUGCUCGGUGGUGUUCUGUCAAGCGUAACCUGUGCCCUGGUUGCAGUUGCUGUUGGUAAUCUAUUCUAUCAGUCCUGGAUUGUUCACAAGUUGAGUCUCUAUCUGGCCCUGGCGUUGAUGUGCGGAUUCGUUCUAUUUGAUACCCAGAUCAUAAUGGAGGAGUAUCGUGCGGGGGUGGAUGAUUACGUGGCUCAUGCUCUACGGUUGUUCUUCAAUGUAGAAGAUAUCUUCCGUUUGCUGAUGGAGAUAUUGCUUACCAAGUCGGAGCCUCGUAACUCGAUGCGAAGAAAUGCGGAUCAAAAUGAUGAAUGAUAAAAUAAAUAUAUGCACUU